GGGAAGCUGACAGGAGGCAGGGCCGAGAGUAAAGGGAAGAGCGGAUAGUUGGUCCCUCAUGCACCUUCAAGGUUGCUUGUUUUCCCAUUACUUUUAAGGUUACAGUAAUACCUGGUACAAUUAGAACGCAUAUGUCUGGAGUCUAAAGGCUUGAAAUGGUAUAAGGUCAUCAGGGCACUGAGAGUAGCUGCUUGGACUAGAGGCAAAGUUGUGUAGGGAAGUCCCUGCGGGCGUUGGAUCUUGGAUGCUGAGCUGAGGAGUCUGAGCUUCAUCUUGAAAGCUGUAUGGAAGAUGGGGAAUGAGCAGGUGAAUUGACCUGUUGAAGCAGGUGAUUGAAGUGAUCAGACUGUGCGUUAGAAGGAACUCUAGGUGGGCUCGAUGGCAAGAGGCCAGGGCUGGGAAUAGCAGGUGAGCUGGUGGGCUCUUGUAGGAAUCCUGGUGGGACUUGGUGAGGGAAAGUGGGAGAGGCCUGGAGAGGCGGACCACACUUCCUUACUAAGGGCUGGGCUCUUAGUAAGAGGGAGCCCAGGGUGACUGGACUGGGACGUGGCGCCUUUCACUGAGGUGAACAGCUAUGGUGAGGAGGAAUGAGUUCAUUGACUCCACAGCUGGGCUGUGAGCCUUCUGGGGAGAGAUGCCCACCAGAGCAUUGGAUCCACAGGUAGGGAAGAGAAGUCUGGAAGUGGAGAUGAAAGGCGGAGUCAUUUUUACAGUAGUGGUCAGUGGUUGACUGGCCUCUUGAGGUUUACUGAACAGUGUUCAGGGUGAGAGUAAUCUGUGUCCUUGUAAUUGCAUUUUUCUCUUUCAUCCUUUCAGUUAGCCUAACAGGGGCUAAUCAAGCCCUGACUUUGGCCUUCAGUGAGCAGACUCUUACUGGUGGUAUUUUGCCGACUUGGUGAGAUCUGUUUGUGUUGUUUUGAACCGAGAUAGUCUAGAGGGAUGUACAUAGGAAGGCUCUGAACGUAUUUAGUGGCUAGGAUGUACAACUGAUACAUUUGAUCAUCCGUCACCCCCAGGACAUCCACAUAUUCCGAAUAGACUGUGUUCUUCCCAGAAUUCCUUGGUCCAAACCCUGACGCCCAUGGUGAUGGUCUUUGGAGGCGGCAUCUUGGGAAGGGAACCUGGGAAGCACACUUGAGUUCACAGCUGGCCUGUGGUUUUUACAUCUCGUCAGGGACCACUCUCUUCACACCCUUAUCUUCACUCCUCUCCAUACAGGUGGCAUUUUUCUGAAGUUGCUCAUUGAGACUUCUCAGCAUUCCUACAGAUAUAAUAGGUGAGGCUGCGGCCGCCGAGCCGCGACAUGGCAGCAUGACAGCCCCGGAGCGCGCUGCCCGAGGACGCCGGGACGAGGGAGCCCCCGCCUGAGCCGCCUUCCCGCGCCCUCGCGCUGCCGCGGCGCGGCUCGCUGCGCUUGCUCACCCCUGGGACGCCCGCCUCCCUCCGCCUUGAGCAUCAAUAUGUGUCAUGUCAUUGUCACCUGUCGCUCGAUGCUCUGGACCCUCCUGAGUAUUGUGGUGGCGUUCGCCGAGCUCAUCGCCUUCAUGAGCGCAGACUGGCUGAUCGGGAAAGCCAAGCCCCGCAGCGGCGCCGAGCCCGGCGAGCAGGGCGCGGGCACCCCGGAGCCCUACCACCCCACGCUGGGCAUCUACGCCCGCUGCAUCCGGAACCCCGGCGUGCAGCACCUCCCGCGCGAGACGCUGUGCGGGCCCUACGCUGAGAGCUUCGGCGAGAUCGCCAGCGGCUUCUGGCAGGCCACCGCUAUUUUCUUAGCCGUGGGCAUCUUCAUUCUGUGCACUGUGGCCCUGGUGUCUGUCUUCACCAUGUGUGUGCAGAGCAUCAUGAAGAAAAGCAUCUUCAACGUCUGUGGGCUGCUGCAAGGAAUCGCAGGCCUCUUCCUCAUCCUGGGCCUGAUACUCUACCCCGCUGGCUGGGGCUGUCAGAAGGCCAUAGGCUACUGCGGACACUACGCGUCUGCCUACAAACCCGGAGACUGCUCGCUGGGCUGGGCCUUCUACACCGCCAUCGGGGGCACGGUGCUCACCUUCAUCUGCGCUGUCUUCUCUGCCCAAGCGGAGAUCGCCACCUCCAGUGACAAAGUACAGGAAGAAAUCGAAGAGGGGAAGAACCUCAUCUGCCUCCUUUAGUUUGGAAGAGACAUCAACGCCGUUUUCUUGCUCGCCGUAACCUUGUGAAACACUUCACUUCUGGUUCCGUCAUUUGGGUCAAGUGAAGAGCUAGCCUUUACCUACCGAAGCCACAUUCCACAGCCUCCCAGGACCGACGGCAGGCCGCGUCCAGCCACGCCGAGCACUGCACGUGAGGGCCCCAGUGCAAACUGUAAGAGAUGGAACGAGGAAACCGCACACAAGCCCUGGCGUGGAGUUGCGUUCCGUCGGACCCCAUCUCCCCACCAAAGCUCAAUGAAGGAUGACGAUCGGAACCAGGAAAGCAACAGGUCUCUGGUGACAGAAGAGGCCGCAGGCCGGGUCUGCGGGCGGUUUUAGACGUGUUCCUGCACAGGCUGCACGCCUGCGGGCAUCUCUGCCUCAGAGUGAGGCUGGGGGUCGGGGGGCUUUGUUUCCUCUGGUUCCUUCACACUGUCUCCUCUGGGGCCCACAGUGAAGACCGUACAUUUACCGGGGACAUGACGUGCGCUGCAGGGCACACACCAAGACACUGCCUCUUGCUCAGCUGACCUGAGUGGUCAGCGGGGACAGUGUGGAAUUCUACUGUGGGACUUACUCUAGGCUGAACUCCAGAGUCAGGUGGGUCUGCUGAACUGUCACUCUGAGAGUCUAGAAAUUUGAGGAGAGAAAGGAUGAGGACCUGUCCCACUGUGAGAAUAAAAGCACAGACAGAAUCCCAUUAGUAGAGACAGUCACUCCACUUCCCAGGCGUAGCAUCAGUACUGGCCCAGUCUCCUCUGCCACCAGAAAUCCCGUGUCGUUCCCCAAGGGCUAGGACUGAGCUUUGACUGCUGGGGGAAACCUCACUGUUUCCUCCUUCCAGGGACCCAGGUCUCCAGGCUGCUGCGGCUCACUCAGAGUGUGUGUCCGAAUCUCAGCCCUUGCAGGGAGACCUUUCCCCGCCGUGCAGUAACCAAGCAGCACUCAGCUGUGUUCCCGCCUCCGGCAGCAGCAGAUGACAAGGAGCUGGUCACAGGAGUUACGCUUCUCUAGUUCCUGGUGUGGGUCCUGGACGCAGACUCAGAUAACAGUAAAUUGCUCUAACCAGUGAGUUUACAGCAAAGGCUUCAUUCUCAGGAAAGCAUAGAGUAGAAGGUUCAUGCAAAAAUGAGAGCUCAACCAAGCUCCCAGCGCCUGCCUGCAACUGUUUACAGAAAGAAUGAACACCACUAUUAAAAAGGAUCCAGGGCUUUUAACCUAGUUUCUAUAAGUCACCAAUAUGACUGAUCCAGGAAGAUGGCAUUAGCCAUCACUUCAGCCUUACCCUGGAAUGAUCAAAGGGGCCGAAAGGAACCUAGUCGGGUAUCACCCUGAACUUCAAAACUGCAGGCUGCUACAGAAGCACUUCCUUACAGCUUAAGCAAAUGGGAUGGAUCUACCAAAUUUCUGGAAGGAUUAAAAGCAUGGGUCUCUAUAGGCUUAUGAAUCUGCUUACUUGAGGGCUUGCUUUGUUUUGAAAAUUUAACAAAUAACUAAUGAACCUUGUUUGGGCGAGGUAUUGUGUGCUAAGUGCCACCAGGCAUAGAAGAAUCCUGAUUCAGAUUUUAAAACCGUGCCCUGAGUGAAUCAUCUUAAAGCUGUGUGAGUCUGAAAACCAUGCCUUGCUGCAGAACGAGUAAUUGCUUUAUAUUAACACAUAGAUGGGAUGGAGAACUGAAGUUUUAUUCCAGGCUGGCCGUCGGCCUGUUCCAGAAACCAUCUUAUCUCACAGAUUACGACCUAGAGGGCAGGAGAGUAUGGGUGGGGAACCAGCCUUUAAUGAGUUCACCACUCUUAGACCAAAACUCAGAAUAAGCCAAGUAUACAUCUGUGACUCUUUUGAAAAGCAAAGAGGUAAAUAUGUGUGCUCACGGCAGCCUGCCAUCCGGACUCGGGAAACAAGACCUGUGUCUGACAUCACACAAAAGUAGGUGAUGGUGGCCACCGAACAGGGCUCCUGUCCCUGUCGGAUAGGGACGCACAAAGUCCUGAUACCAUCAUACUUAUCCCUUUUUAACACUAGGAAAUUAAUUUUUUUAAAAAAAUUGCAAAAAUAAAGUUCCCUCCACCAGGCAAAUAAUCUUGAUUAAAAAUAAUACACAUUUUUUCCCCCACAAGAUUCACUUUUCCUUCUAUACAACAUAGAGAAUCUAUGUUAUAAUGCUGAGUUUACACUCUCACUCUCCUCUCAGAAGAGUCAUAAGCCUAGAGGAUCCCCUGAGCAGGUCCAUCAUCUUUACUGCCUGAUUGCUUUUCCACUAAGGUGGGGUGGAGAUACAUCCCUAGAUCACUCUAAUAACAAGUCAUAAGUGAAAACAUGCCCACUCUUGGCCAGAAGAAAGUCAGCUGACAGUGUUGACUUCAUUGGUCUGAAUGUCGCAGAAGACAAAAACAGUACAUGCACACAUACACAAAACCCCACACCACUAAAAACUGCUUCAAACACUGAUUUGUCAGGCAGAGCACAGAUGCAAUCUCUCUAGCAGAGAAAGAGUGAACAGGUAAAUGUGGGCCUUUUGAACCUGCAAGUCCCUUUAGCCAGGCUUCAGUUGGGAUAAAUGGAAUAUCAAAAUCUUGCUAGCCUAGAUGAAAACUGCAUGGCUGUUUAAAAACCACUGAAUGGGAGGAAUGUGUUAGAUUGAAAACAAUCAAGACAAUCGACCUACAUCUAUUUUUCUAAUAAAUUUCUAUCAAUCACAUAAUGGCCUCCGUCUUAAAAUCCAAUAUACCUGGACCAUCACUACUACCAGAAAAAGUCGUAUUUAUUUUUCGCUGCAUUUGUGCUUCAAGUUUUGUGAUGGGGCUGGGCUUCUCAAUGAACUCCAAGAAGGCAGAAAUGUUUGCUUUGGAUUCUGUGGAUUCUUUAAACCUGUGUGCUAAUUCAACAAUUUACAUGAAUUGUGUAAGCGUUUUUGUAUACUUAUCAAACAUCUGUGGUGUAAUGAUCUUUGUUAAACAUGUAUUCUGUAAAGUGCCAUAGUCCUUUUUUUUAAAAUGUGUGUAGCAUAUUUAAAAUAUAUAUAUAUAUUAUACAUACACGAGUCUGUGUGAGAGAUGUGCAAUAACAAAGGUGUAUGUAUGUUCUGAUUUUUUGGGAACUGGACAGGAGUCAGAACAGAGACUGUUUCUGUUUUGGCAAAGGAAAGUUAAAACAUUUUGCCUUCAUGGCCUAGUCAUUAACCCAGAACAAUUCUAAUGCUACACAGACCUAUGUGAAGAAAAGACUGGUAUGAACUCAUCUUUCCCUGGGCCUACAUUAAAAUAAUCGUUAGAGGUAUGUGAAAAGGUAAGCCAGCAAGCCAGGCCCAGGUGAUGCUGGUCUGUCAUGUGAAAUGUGAAGCUGCCAUGUUGCCUUUUCUCUUAGCGUGAUAACUAGUAGCUGGUACAUAAUCACUAAGGAGCUAUUUCUUAACCUGCUUUGAUAGACCACGUUAAUGCUAGACCACUAUUUAAGGGCUAAUCUCACACCUUCUUAGCCAUAAGGGUCUGCUUAGAACAGACCUCUCUGUGCAAUAACAUAUGGCCCCUGGAAAUCCCAGGCCUGCAUUUGUACCGGGGCAGCACAAGAAAGGCACAACUGGGAUUUCUUCUGAGACUGUGGUGAAACGCCUUCCAAGGUUGGGGGGGGUCAUGAGGUGCUCCGGAGGAACUUGGCACCACUUGAUAUUAUUCAACAGCCACUUGAGCCAAAUGUAAAACUGUGUUACCGCUGACGGACUCAAUCAGAGCCUUCGAAUUUCCGGUCAUCCUGUUGUAAACUAAUACAUUAUUUGUCUAGCAUUGAUUAGGUUCCUGUGCAUAUGUAUUUUCACCACAUGCUCCCUACCCUCCCCAGAUAUGAAUUAAACCAGAUUUUGCAAACUUA